AUGGUGAGGCUGCAGCUCCCCAACCCGGGCCUGGAGGACCGGAUACCCUCCCUGGACCAGCUGGAGGACCUCGAGCAGGCGGAGGCCAGCUCCCGGCCCAAAUGGGACAACAAGGCCCAGUACAUGCUGACCUGCGUGGGCUUCUGCGUGGGCCUGGGCAACGUGUGGCGCUUCCCCUACCUGUGCCAGAGCCACGGCGGAGCAACUGGGCUGAAAGGCGAGAUCCUGCGCUUGGGCGGCCAGCAAGGUCAGCACGUGGGCCGGGCUGCAGCCAGCGGGCAGGCGCCGCUGACCACCUGCCCCGCACAGGGAGUGGAGGGCACCGGCCUGGCCUUCAUCGUCUUCACCGAGGCCAUCACCAAGAUGCCGGUGGCCCCGCUCUGGGCCGUGCUGUUCUUCAUCAUGCUCUUCUGCCUGGGGCUGUCGUCCAUGUUCGGGAACAUGGAGGGGGUGGUCGUGCCCCUGCAGGACCUCAACGUCAUCCCCAAGAAGUGGCCCAAGGAGCUGCUGACAGGGGGCGCCUGUCUGCUCUGCUUCCUCUCGGCCACGUGCUUCACGCUGCAGUCGGGGAACUACUGGCUGGAGAUCUUCGACAGCUACGCGGCGCCCCUGAACCUCAUCAUCUUCGCCUGCCUGGAGGUGGUCGGCGUCGCUUACGUGUACGGGCUGAAGCGGUUCUGUGACGACGUGGCCUGGAUGACCGGGAGGCGGCCUGGGCUGUACUGGCAGCUGACCUGGAAGGCCGUCAGCCCCCUGCUGCUGCUCACCAUCCUUGUGGCCUACGUGGCCCUUCUGGCCCAGACACCGCCAGGCUACAGCGCCUGGAACCCC